AGGUGCAAUUGCGUUGUAUUUGAAGGAGGAACACAAAGCGCGCAUUCAGUAAUCGCUUUGAUCUGGCUUCCUUUCUUUUACUAUUUGCCUCAGUUCUACUGUUCAUUUCAGCCGAUAAUCUUUUCUCGUUUUCUAGUCUUCUCAUUUUCUCUGUUUGUGCUUGACAAUGAAAAUUACUGUCAACAUUGAGCUGGCUCACUCGGAGCUUAACCGGGCACCGCAGAUCCAGGCGGCGCUCGCCGAGCUCAGUCCUAGCGCUGUAGUGCGUUUUAAAACGGACACGACCGCCUUAUCUGACCGCAUUAAGAAGGCGAUUCAGACGAAGCAGUACGACGCGGUAGUCAACGAGCUUGUUGAGCGCCUGUCGUAUCCGGUCACCUUUGACGCUAGCUUGGAGGUGAUGUGCACCGUGGCGCUGUUUAGUAAGGGCCGCGCCGACAGUGGGGAGAGCGUCGCCCCCUUCAUCGAUGUGGUGCCGCGGCUGCCGGAGGAGGCGCAGAGUCGGGCAAAGGAGGCGAUCGUGCAGCGCGCCGUUGCGUUCCUGUCGAAGCCGCGCCGCCUCGACUGCAGCCGGAUUUCCCUCCUCGUGUACGCGGAGGCCAUUGCCGUAAUGGUAAAGAAGGAGCUGCUGAGCAUUCGCAAUGUAAUUGGCACCGUUGUGCAGAUGAUUGAGAGCGAGACGUCGAGGACGGCCGGUAUGACGUGUUUAGGAAAGCUGGUGGAGAUUGCCUACGAGGCCACGCGCAACUGCGAUCCGGUGUCGCUGAGUGCGCUUCGCGCGGCUGUGCGCUAUGCCCAGUCCAACGACAUAUUCCUCUACGACGUCGAGUACAUCAUGGAGGCGUUUGGCUGGUCGUCCUGCAAGCCGGCGCUGAGUCUUCGUCGCUCCACCUCCCACCACGAGAAUCCCAUCCUAACCCUCGCCUACUGCGGUGGGGCGAACUGCCGCGAGGUGGUCGUCACCUCGUCGUCCGACGGCACCAUCGGGACGUGGGACGGCGUGGGUGUGCUGCUGCAAAAUGUACUGCUCUCACGCCACUACGCCUCCUGCGUGGACUUGACCAACCGCGGGCACACCUUAAUUGUGGGGGCGGUGGGCCGCUACUCCAACACACCACCGGCAGUCAUCUUCUACAACGAGGACGGCAACCGCAAGGCGCAGUGGCAGGAGUGCGGUGGUACGGAGCCGGAUGAUGCUAGCUUCCUCUCGUGCCUCAAAUGUCUCAAGGACCCCUCCGGCUCGCGCUACUGCGUGGGUGUACGCACGUCGAGCGCCAACCCGCUUUUGUUGUAUGAUGGGUCUCGCGUGACGCAGCGUUACUUCGACCACUCCGACAUCAUCACAGCCAUCCAUGUCCCAAGCGACCGCGACAACGUUGUUGUCACCGGCUCACGUGACUGCUCCACGCUCUUGUACGACCUGCGUGAUCCACGCAACGUGAGCUCGAUGGCGCACCAUAACAACACCGUUUCGUGCAUCACGAGCUGCGACAACUACCUGUUCACCGCGGGACUGGAUAAGCGCCUCGUCGUCGCGGACCUCCGCAUGCUUCGUGGCUCCACCGCGAACCGCGACAUGGACAGCGCCGUUCUCAGUGUCUCCGUGAACAGCUCCCUGCAGUGCGCCGUGUCGACACUGACGGGGGUGUACGUAAUCAACUUCGCCAACGGUACGAACGUCCCGACCUCGUCGCACGCCGACUGCGGCGGCAGCUCUCUGCGGUUCAACACCGUCUGCUGGAACAACGCGGGCAACAUCCUCUACGGCGGUGGCGAGGGGCGUACGCUGGACUUGUUUGCCCCCACUUAUGACGGAAACGUGUUUGAAGCUUAA